CACGUUAGGACUGUUGCCAAACAGAAAGCUCGAAAAAAGCCACGUUGACUGAUCGUGGCUAUUCAGAAGACAAAGUCAGCACAAGUAUAGCAAAAGGGAGAUCUGAAGGAAAACAUUCAACUAAACAUGUCCUCGCCACCAAAAGAGAAAACGGAAACAAAAGCUGGCCACCUCCCUGCUGUAAAAGCAGGUGGGAUGCGAAUUGUACAGAAACAUCAGGGAGCUGGAGAACAGAACCAGGAAAAGGACAAAGACAGCAAAGAAUAUGAAAGCAGCAGUCCACCUAAACCGACUCUGGUAAUUUCUGGUGCAGUUGCAAAGGGUGAUAAAGAUUUCCCUCCAGCAGCAGCCCAGGUAGCGCAUCAGAAACCCCAGCCGUCUGUGGAGAAGCUGCCCUCAGCCCAUCAAAUCAAUCAGCACAUCCACCAGCCACGCAAGUGAACCAGCAGCCAGGAGUCAGCCUAGAAUCCAUUCCAGGAGAACUUUGUGUCAUGUUUGCGUGCACAAAGAGCACACACAAUCGGCUUUUCUAGAUGUUUCUAUUCUUGACAUUCCAUGAGAUUUUUUAAUUGUAUUUGAGGGUACUUGGUAUUCUGUAUAUUAGUUUAUUGAAAGCAUACAUGCCAUCAUGCUCUGGUGUAACCCAUGCUUUGUAGAGGAAUUAAUAGAAAUGUGUGUUCCUUUUUGCAUGUAAACAAAUGUGGUACACUUCAAUAAACAAUACAUCAAAGCAUAUAAUUUUAAAUCUAAAGGUGAAGACUGGGUUUUUUCUUCUCGAUGAAAAAAACUUUCUUUAAUGUAUCCUUUUUAUGUAAUGUAAUCUCUUUUGGAAAAUGUGUCGAGUUGGUGUAAACAAAUGAGGAUGUCGGUGAUUAAUGGAUUGUUUAAAUUUGAAAUUGAAGUAAACAAUGGCUAUUA